CUCCGUUUCUCUCUCUAAGGUCCUCUCAUUACUCUCACUGCGUGCGUUUGUGGUGCCCAUCUUUUCAAAAUGCUCUCUAUCUCCUAUGGCUGUUGCUACAUGCUCUCUCUUCUCUAGAAGACUCGUGAGCAGCGGUUUCAUUCAUUGAGCAGCAUUUUUUUUUGUUGUUUGAAGUGUAAUUGGGACUCUUUGGGGCUAUAAAGGCUGGAAAAGGAUCUCUUUUAAAUGUUUUGGAGUCCAUACAACCGAGGUAUUUUAGUUAUCCUGAUUUUCGGAAAUGAUGUAAUGCAAAAUGUGAAUUAAGCUUUUGGUGUUGUAAUCUAGUCAAGAAACAAAUGGAGGACAGUAUCGGCAGAGGAGAUUGGCAGGGUAAUGUAGUUAGGCAAUCAUCUUUUAGGCAGGAUGGCAGCUUUAAGCCCACAUAUUCUGGGAAAUCGACUCCUAAAAAUUCUCCGCCAUUUCGAAGGUUGAAUACAAGCCGAACUCCACGAAGAGAAUUGCGUGGAAGUGGAGGUGGUGUUCACUGGUUUCGGAGCAGUAGACUGGUAUAUUGGUUACUUUUGAUUACUCUCUGGGCUUAUCUUGGGUUUUAUGUCCAAUCCAGGUGGGCUCAUAGUGAAAAGAAGGAGGGGGAUUUUCUGGGUUUUGGAGGUAAAAAUAAAGAUAAAAUUUCAAAUACUGAAACAAAUAAAAGAAGGGAUUUGAUUGCCAAUUUUAGUUCUCUGGCUGUAAAUAAUGAGACUAAUAAUAAAAUAAAGCUGGGAGAUAGUAAAAGGAUAGAUGUCAAUUUGUCCAAGAAUGAGAGUGGGAACUCAUCUAAACGGAAAGUAACUUCAAAGAAAAGGCGUAGAAAAACAAGGCGCUCUUUACGUAAUAAGGUGAGGAGCAGACAUAAGGCUGUAGAGGAAGUUGGAAGCGAGAAUGCCGAGGUGGAGGAACCAGACAUUCCUAAGAGUAAUACCACCUAUGGUUUGCUUGUUGGUCCAUUUGGGUCAACAGAGGACAUGAUUCUUGAAUGGAGUCCCGCGAAGCGGUCCGGAACCUGUGAUAGGAAAGGGGCUUUUGCUCAUCUUGUUUGGUCUAGGAAAUUUGUCCUAAUAUUCCACGAACUUUCAAUGACUGGAGCUCCCCUGUCAAUGAUGGAGUUGGCGACGGAGCUUUUGAGCUGUGGUGCCACUGUUUCUGCUGUAGUUCUUAGUAAGAAAGGGGGGUUGAUGACGGAACUUUCCAGAAGAAAAAUCAAAGUGCUUGAGGACAAAGCAGACCUUAGUUUCAAAACUGCGAUGAAGGCGGAUCUUGUGAUUGCUGGAUCAGCAGUAUGUGCAUCAUGGAUUGAUAACUACAUUGCUCACUUUCCUGCCGGUGGAAGCCAAAUUGUAUGGUGGCUCAUGGAAAAUCGAAAUGAGUACUUUGACCGGGCUAAGCCUUUACUUCAUCGAGUGAAGAUGCUGGUUUUUCUUUCUGAAUCUCAGGCCAAACAGUGGUUAACCUGGUGCAAAGAGGAAAAUAUUAAGCUAAGAUAUCAGCCUGCGGUUGUUCCGCUUUCUGUUAAUGAUGAACUGGCUUUUGUUUCUGGCAUGUCUUGUUCCCUAAACUCCCCAUCUUCUACCCCUGAGAAAAUGCUGGAGAAAAGGCAGUUAUUGAGAAGUUCAGUUAGAAAAGAGAUGGGAUUGACAGAUAAUGAUAUGCUUGUGAUGUCUCUCAGUAGCAUAAACCCUGGAAAGGGCCAGCUCUUGCUUCUUGAAGCAGCACACCAGAUUGUUGAACAAGAACUCCACAAUGAUCAUAAAAUAAAGGUACCAUUAAAUUCAGGAAAAAACCAAUCUUCCCUAGCAGCAAAGUAUCAUCUAAGAGCAGCAAAGAACCAUCUAAGAGCUUUGUUAGAGAAAUCGAAUGAUGGGGGCAAAUCAUUACAUGAAUUCCCCAAUUCUGGAGAGUAUUUCCACGGGUUGAAUGCAGGAAAGAAGAAAGUAUUAAGGUCAUCGAGUCCCUUUACCUAUGUUGACGACACAGAUGACUUGAGCCUUGGUGGUACUCAGACAAGAAGGAAAGUGCUCUCUAGUGGUGAAGGGCAGCAGGAGCAGGCUCUUAAAAUCCUUAUUGGUUCAGUUGGAUCCAAAAGCAAUAAGGUUCCCUAUGUGAAAGAAAUUUUAGGGUUUUUGUCCCCACUUUCAAACUUGUCGAAGUCAGUUCUCUGGACACCAGCAACUACACGUGUUGCCUCACUUUAUUCUGCGGCAGAUGUUUAUGUGAUUAACUCCCAGGGCCUGGGAGAAACAUUUGGGAGAGUGACGAUCGAAGCAAUGGCAUUUGGUUUACCUCUGAAUAUCCACUUCAUGAUUGCCUUGCUGAUAAGAAGUUAAGAAACAGCCCACCCACCCCAAACAAUCAGCAGUUUGUUCUCUUUGGGCCCUUGUCCUCAUGGAUUUCUCUCACUAGGCCCACCCCAUAAUGGGCCCGGGAAGCCCAAUCCAGCAACUUACCCCCUGCAGGCCCAUAUCCGACCAACAUGGGCAUCAGCCCACGGGCCCAGAACCUCUGGAAAACCGGUUGCUGAUUGUUAGGGAGUUUGGCCUCCCUUGCAUAUUGCAAUUCACUUCCACAUCUAGGCGAUGUGGGAUGAGUGCGUAACACUUGCUAACCUCAAAAAAUGUAGCCUGUCCCAAUAUGGGAGGCUAGUUUAAGCUUGGCUUCCAAGUGAGUAUACGUCCAUGACUUGUUUGUCUUCAGAAGAGCCCUUUUUUUUCCCUUGAAGUCUGAGGGCUUCAUCUUUUCUUUCUGUGAAUGCUUCCAUCAAAGGUAUGUGCUUGUGUUUGUGUAAUUACAUUUUUCUGUAUCUGCGUUUGUGCAUUACAUAUCCAUCUUUUGACUGCCCUUAGUUAGACUAGAUAUAUGAAUUUAAUAUUGUACAAUGUAGAAGUUGUGAAUUACUCAUUUCAUACAUGGGCCUUGUUGGAUAAAAAUCUUGCAACUUGUUUGGCCCUCAAUUGAUCGCUAUACAAUAUUUUUCUCCAAGAAUUUAGGUGAUGACAAAAAGUAAAUGGACUAUUUGGUAGUCUGUAUCAAAUAUCUUAUCAAUUUUGGUUGUUCCGUAGUCUUCAUUUUCUAGAUUCUGUUUGCAUUUUCAUUCAAAUUAGUCUUGCCUCCAAAAUGAAAAACCUGUUGGGAUAUAUUGAAAGAGGAAACAUGUACAACCUUCAGGUCAUGUUAUGGAUUCUAAGCUUCAGUAUUUGAGGGAAUGAAUUGGUUAAUGUUGGAUGGACUUCAGAAUGUGUUAGAUGAUAUUUCAACGAGUAUUGCAUGUAAAACUGAUUAUGGAGAUGCUAGUAUGAUCGAUGUACUUGGUUCUGUUUCAAGUUUCAACCUAGAGUCGUUGGCAAACUGUUGAGAUGGUGAAGGUUUAAAAAUUCAGGAAUAUGUCAUGGUAUCAAAUAGAUAGUGGCAUUCUAUGAUUGCUCCAUCAUUUUCCCAAAUAUGCUAUGUUGGCCAACUUCAUCAGUUCAUGACCACGGUGAUGUGAGUAGGUUUUAGGGUGGAAACUUACCAAAAUAGAAGAUCAAACAGAGAAUGUGAAACUGUGGAAGGGAUCUUGUAAUUUGUCAAAACUACUGGAUUUUUGGUUAAUAUGAUGUUUCGAGAUCAAUGAUAGUAAAUAUGGCCCUGGAAAUGUUUAGUAGUGACCUUAUAUACCUUGUAGCGACUAAGUAGCUGUCUUCUCAUCUUGGCUUAAACUGACAUAUUAUUUUGGUAAUCUGAUUAUAAAUAUAGCAGUUUUAUCUCCCACUUUGCGGCAAUGUUUGCUUCCGUGGUUUGAACCUCUAAUCCUAUAUUGGACUGGAGUAAUUGUAUGAUGUAUGGUCUCUACUUUUUGGUAUUUUGAGAAGAAUGUGCUCCAUCUUCAAGGAUUAUUCUCUUGUAAACAAUCAACUGAAAGCAAAUCUUUGAAGCUAGAUGGUUCUACGUGUAAAGGAAUCUCAGCUUUACAUGCCUCGACUUCCAUAAGCAACCCAGUAGUCUGAUGCUUGAGAGAAGGCAACCAAGCUACAAGGUGCUUGUCAGGAAGGUUCUGAUGAUUGAAGAAAAAAAAUAUUAGAGUCUCCUUUACCCUUGCAAAAAAUUCCAUAUUUUGAAUCUUUCUUUGUUAAGCAUACUCUUGGAUAAUUUGUUUAUUACUAGUCUUGGAAGAUGAAUCACUUGUGGAACAAUACAGGUUGUGAUAUUUU